GAACGUGUACAUUCACGACUGUCACGACGCCCUCAAUCAGCAGUGGUACAUGCUCGAUGGGAACAUCAUCUCCAAAUGGGAUAACAAGUGCUUGGACGCCCACCUUGGCACGAAGAAUGUUUACAUGCACGAGUGCCACGACGGGGCGAACCAGAAGUGGUAUUGGGAUGAGGACACGGCUCAGAUUCGAAGCGAACACGACCACAGGUGUUUGGACAUGGCUCUGGAUGGUUCCCGCAACAUCUACAUGCACCCUUGCCACAACGGCAACAAUCAGAAAUUCGAUCGAAACGACUUUGCCUCGAACGCCUUCACGAUGGCUUUGCACCUGGAAUGUAGUGAGUCGGAGAACGAGGAGAUUACCGUGGAGCCGAUUGGGGGAGAGCCCAAGUUCAAGCUCAGGCGUAGCCCGCACACGCUUCCAGGGGACUUCCGAUGGGACAACAACGACAAGAAGAUCAUCAAUGCCGGCAAUGGCAAAUGCCUCGAAGCACGUGGCCGCGGACGUGUGGAGGAGGUCUCCUGCACCCAGCGUAUCGAGCAGGAGUGGGCCAUGUCACAUGGGCUUCCUGGCUUCGUAGACGCCCCGAUCACGUGCCCAGGAGAUCAGGUCAUCAGCUACGUGAAGAAGACCAGCGGCGAGGUGAAGUAUCGCUGCAGCCACGUCUCUUCCUUGGGUGCUUGCUCACCGCACUUCUCCCAGCAAGUGGAGACCACGUCCUCAGACAUUGAGCACAACAAGGCAUUGCGAAAGCUCGGAGCUUUCUGUCCUCCUGGCGAGGGCCUGAAGAGCAUGGAAGCGGAGGCAUCCGACAAAGGCACCUGGAUUCGCUUGCGCUACGAGUGUUGCCAAAUCAGUCGGGUUCCGGUCUCGAUUUACCCCUUCCUCACGGGUGGAUCGCGGCGUGCCUUCGACGGAGACCUGGCCGAGGGCUGGGAAGGUGUCUACUGCCCCAGCACCCGUGAUGACAGUGGCCGGAUGUCGUUCUCACAGAGGAGGAGCUUCCGACCGGGUCAUGGGGCAGACAAGGUGCUGACUUACGACAAGCACCAUGGAAAAUGGUGCGUCUCCGGCAAGGAUUGUGCCCAUUCCGACGUGGUACACCCUUUGGACACGUCGUUGCACUCGGCCGAGUGGUACGUAGUGCCUGUCAGCGACUUCGACGCCAUCUUCGAGGCCAAGGGUGCCAAGCCCCUGGCAACUGCAAAGAAGCGAAAGCCGCCGCCGCUGAUCAAGUUUGGCGCCUCGGAUCCCGACUACCUUCCGGAAUGCAAGGACGAGUCGCACCCGGGCACCCGCAAGUUCAAGCUCGCCGAGAUGAACAAAGAGGCCAAGAACUUGGACGACGAGAAUCCCUGCAAGAACGUCUACGGGGUGCCGCCUACAAACCAGAAGAUGGACAAUGCAGACGGCAUGACGGGCUGGAUAAAUGAUCUGACCGGAAACAUUGGGCCGGGCCAGGGCGGAGUGACCUACAAGUCCGUGAAAGAGUGCCGGGAUCAGUUUGUGAUCUCUGCAUUUCUCCGAGGCAGUGACCGUGACAUCGUCCGGGACCUUCAGAUGGCCAAGUGGAACAAGGACGCAAGGGGGGAAAGGUAG